UAUAAUCGUAUUGUAUUAUAAAUAUGGAACUAUGUGUAAUCUUUUAUUAAAUUCAGUGAUGGAGACGAAAGUAACCAGCAAAACAAGUAGCUUAAAAGCUUUGUUAUUAAGAGCAUGGAGAGAACGAUGGAGCGAUCUACAGUGGGGUAUAAAUAUAAAGACAAUUUUGCCUAGAGGAGUUAGCGGAGAUGUGUACAAUUUAGCAGACUGUAUUUUACAACAAGCGUUAGUGGGACCCGGUCCCAAUCAAUUAGUGUUAUCAUAUUUGAAACAUUCAUUAUGUUCUCAGUUAGUCUCAUAUGCUGCUGUAUUGCAACGUAUAAGCAAAUACGAUGGUUUUCAUAAGCCUCAUUGCAUUGUGAGCUUAUUAGAGUUUUUGGAAUCUAUUCAAAUUGGUAUAACUUGUCGUGGAAAGCCAGAGGAAGAUUUUCUAGCUGCUGCAGUUUUAUCCAUAGUCCAUUGGUUAUUGCAAUGUUAUUUGCAUGCAUUAAAUAAAAUGCCUCAGAGCAAUUCUAUGUCACAGCAAGUUAAUGAACUUAUAGAUAAACCAGCAAGUAUUUUGAAACAAAUGCUCGCUUCAGAUUUCCUUUGUGCAAUGAUGUACUUAGCUCAGUAUGACGAUAAAGAAUUGUACAUUGUAGUGGUUAGAAAAUGUCAAGAAAUAGAAACGUUAUUAAAGAGUAGUAACUUAAAACCAUCAGUUUCUAUAGAAGAAUCUCUCAAAAAGUUGUGCAAUUUGGAAGUUGAAAUUCUCGCUUUAUCGCCUGAAAAAUCGAGGAUGGAAUCUAUAACGCAUUGUUUGCAGCCAUUAUUUGCAGUUCAAGUGUUACUAAAUCCAAGUACAGAAACAACCGUCUUUGUUAAUCAAUUGCAAAUGGUACAACGUUUAAAAAGUUAUUCUAAUGCAAGACUUUAUUGUGAAAUUAUGCGUGCUUGUUUAAUGUGUUUGCAUAAUGUUACUGGAACAUUUAAUGAGUCGCAGUGGGGUGCAUUUACAUUUUUAAAAGUUCCUGUUAUUUUAAAAGAACUUCACAAUGCUACACUGAAUGGAGAUGAAAAAUAUGAAUAUUCGCAAGAUAUUUUAGACUCGUUGGAACUGUUAUUACAAUUUACUCCUCUUCUUGAUAUAAUGGAUACUACAUGCUCAUGUAAUUGCAUCGAAUGCUUAUUAAAUGAAUUACAAAAGGUGAAUCUUGUUACGGAAAAACAGGCAAAGCAAUUGAGUAGUAGAAGAGAAGGAUUAACUGCAGCAUUGCAAAAAUUAGAAACUACCAGUACGCCGACAUCAUCCAUUCCAAAAGUAAUUAUAAGAGCAGAACCAACGUUAGCAGGAAUUUUAAAGACUCUUAAUGCUGACUAUACAAAAAUUCACGAGGCCUUACUUAGUAUGUUAUAUCAAGUGUUGUCAGGAAAAAGUUUCGAAUUGAUGCUUGCGGUUGCUACGGUAGAAGGCAAAUUGAAAACAUUUGUUACUAAAUUAAUUAAAUUUAAUGAAUGUAGUAAACAGAUCAAUGAACCUGUUCCUAACAAAACAGCUGCAACAAGAGCUAUGUUAUUUGAUGUGUCUUUUUUAAUGCUCUGUUCUAUUGUACAAACUUAUGGUUCUGAUGUAGUUUUAGAAGAAGGCGGAGAUUCAUUUUUUGAACAAUGGGUACGUGAAUGUAUGCCUGAACGAAAUAAACCAAAGUCUCCCCAAAAAAUGUUACAAAAUAUUGAUCCGACUAGAGUGGACACGUUGUUAGCACAAAUUAACUCUUCGGAUCCAGACUUUAAAUCUAAUAAUAUGAAAUGGCACGUUGCUUGUCAAUCUGCGAUGGGAGCAGUUAAAGAAUUACUUUGUGCAUGGGAAAGCGGUGUAUUAGGUGCAGGUGAUGUAAAAAGAACAUUAGAUGGAUUGCGUACAGCUGCUUGCUGUUUACCAGUAUGUGCAGCUGCUUGGCUUUGCGCGUAUAUGAGUAUUACCCAUCAGGAUGCACUUCUUAAACCUAUGAAUAUGGUUCAACAUUUUUUGACUCCUCUUCCUGGGGAAGAAAUGCAAGACAAUUUCAAAGAAAGAUCGAGUCUGAUGUCACAAAUUAUAAGAAAAAUGCAAUAUGACGUGCAUCCACCAACGCAAUCCAAAACGAAAGUACUUUCAAUAUCUCACAGUAUUAUAUCACGACAACCAAUAUUAGAGCAACUAGAAUCUGUUUGGUAUAGUAUAAAUCAACGCGGUUGGAUUUGUAUGCAGGCGACGCAAUCGUUAGAGUUAUUGUUAAACACGGGUGGCUCGUUAUGGUUCGUUUCAAACAUAGUCAAAGAAGUCUUGAAAUAUAGAUACCAGGAAGAAUUAGACCAAGCUGUGGACCUAGCAUUUGCGUUAUUUCAUCUUGAUAUUGAAAAUUGUACAUUGGAUCUUAUUAAUCAUAUCAUUCCACAAUAUUUAUACAAUUCGUUACAGAGUGAAGAAUUCGUCGAACCACAAUCCUCGAUAUUAGCAAAACUUUGCGUAUACUGCAUAUUUUCGACAUUAGAAUACAACAAUUCGAAUCCAUAUCGUGGAAACAAUAGGAAACGUGUUCGUCGUGAUUUAGAUGCGGACGAAUUGGAUGCAUUAGGGGUACCUGCAAAUAAAAUUUUAAGACUCAAUGAAACUGGAGAUACUAAUACUAUAUUUGGUUCGCAAAGUCCACAAACCCAAAAUUCGACUAACGGGCAGAAAUCAAUUAUCUUAAGGGAUCCACUUUCCACUGCAUUAAACGGAUUAUUUACAACAUUCACGUUUCUUGCUGGAAGAGAUGGGGAAGUGUCUCAACAAACUUAUUUUAUAUUACAAUUUUUACGAUUAAUGGUACAGUGCGGCAAAGACAGAACUCGUAUCGUGCUUCAAGGAAUGCCACAGACAUUGGUACCGUGCCUUCUAAAAGCAUUACCCGAAUCAUUUUCAACUGACAUAUUACUUAGAUUUUAUGAUAUACAAACUGUAGUAGGUCGCAAAGCAACUGCACGAGAUUUGUGUAUGCUACGAAAUAUUAAUCUUAAGCCCGCUAAAUAGAUAUUUUUUAUCUUUUGAUUAAAAUUCUUAUAGGUUUGUUUUUCUUCCUUUUUAAAAUGAAGUAUUUAUUCAUUAUUCAAAUUAUUCAUACCGAAAACGUGUAAAAUACAAAUUAGGCGUAAUGUCAUUAAAAAUAUGGUGUACAGGUAAUUAUUUUUAAAUAUAUAUUUAAAAUAAUUUAAUGUGUGUGUUUACAUGUCCUACGCGACCAAUGUAAUAUACUUAUAUCGUAAAAAUUAU